AUGUCAGACUCAUUCUCCUUACCUGAUGCGUUCACCGUCUUUGUCAUUGUGGACAUAUUUCGGUACUUGCUUGCCUGUCGGCAUCUUCCAUAUUGUGCUUCAAAAAGCGGAGUGCUCGUACUUCCGUGGUUAUGCUAUGUUGGCGCUCCCAACUUCUUUCUCAAACCAUAUGACUAUAUUGCAAGGCUUCACGACCAGUUCGCAUUCUCAUGGCUACGCUUCAGAGCUCGUAAUCAUGAGGUCAUCGUGAUGUUUGGUUCGGAAGCGAGAAAGAAAUAUUUUAACCUCAGAAGAUUCAGCUUCUCCGAAGGAUACACAUUUCUGCACCCCAAUGUCAAGCUCCUUGGGCCGACGCAAGUGCCAGAGGGAAGGCAAGCCCUCCCCUGGUACAUCCGUCAUUUCAUGCGCGCAGAUAUUCUCGAACAAUGCUUGAGCACCGAAGGCGUAGUAGACAUAUAUGACGUUGUGGACCGAGUCGUGUUCACCAUUGUCAGCAGAGUAGUAGCAAGUAAAGAUCUGGCUGCAAACAGCCAAAAGUUACAAAGUGCAUGGAGAGCCCUGGCCUGGGUGCACAAGGGGUCGCAUCCAGCGUCCUUGAUACUUCCUUGGCUACCUACCCCAAGUCGUGUUCGCACAAUCAUUGGUGGUACAACUCUUCUCCGCAUGUCCUCGGCGAUCCUUCGAGAACGCAAGUGUAGACAAGCGACGUCUCAUAUGGAUGUUGUACAAGUGUUGGUGGACGAGGACACCGACUCUAUGCAUGCAGCGAUGGUCAUGAUUGGGGUCAUCUUCGCGGCCCACACCAACACAAGUCCUGUCCUUUGCUGGCUUCUAAUCAUGCUCGCUCAGAACCCUUUGUGGCUCUCCAAGAUACAGGAUGAAAUCGAUCUAUUCUUCCAGCUGCACAACAUCAAUGGACCACCACAGAUGGAUUCAUUGGCUGGUAUGAACUUAUCCCUCAUUGAGGAGGCGCUGCCCAGUCUCGACCUCUGCCUCCAUAUCAUCAUGAACAGUACGAGCAUCCGUCGCAAUGUCGGGGAAGACCUAGACAUUGCGGGAAGGAAAAUCCGAGGCAGGGACUUUGUCAUGUAG